AUGAUACUGAAAAUAAAGAUACCAUCGAUUAUAUAUACUGAAGAUGACAAACAUGUUGAAUUAAGUCCUGGUGAUUAUAUUUUGGCAUCAUUUGAAUCAAUCAGCAAGAGAGUGACUGUUACUUUCAAAUAUGUUAGCAAAAUCAUUCACAUCUUUUCCGAGAAUGAAUACGAAAUUCAAGGUUUGCUGAGUUUGGAUGAAGGUAAGUUAAAUUUUAAACUUAUGCACACUGACAUAUCUGUCAUCAACAAAAUUGAUAUUGUCAGUAAACUACCAGAUCCACAAAUUAUUCAAGACGAAAGAAUAUUGAAGAUAGUUUUUCCAAUUAAGCUGGAUAUACACGAGAAAAAAAUCAUGUUUCAUACCUAUUAA